AUGGCGUCGCCUCUUGUACUGCUCCCGGGUGAUGAAGUGCCCACCCGUCAUUUGCCAAGCAACAAGUCGAAUCCUCUCAAAUUAGGCCCAGGCCUUCGACUUCUGUCACAACCAUCGUCAACUUCUCAAAACACUCAAAGCCAACAUGUCUUGGCAGCGACCCAAGCUGGCAUUCUGACCACUGAUGUCAAGCGCAACACUGUCUCGCUUCUUUCGUUCCCCAAUCGCCGAUACAUCCCCACUGUCAACGACCUCAUCAUCGCGCAAAUCCACCACUCCAGCGUUGACUACUUUCACUGCAUGGUGACCCCUCAUACGGCACACGCUCUUUUGGGUCAGCUCUCAUUUGAGGGUGCUUCGAAGAAAACAAGGCCCAUGCUCAGGCAAGGCGACCUUGUUUAUGCCCGUGUUUUGUCUAUUGGACUCGGUGCGGGUGCAGAAGUCGAGCUCACUUGUGUCAACCCAGCCACUGGCAAAUCGGAGCCUGGUGGGCUGGGUCCACUGAAUGGCGGCAUGGUCUUCGAUGUGUCCACGGGUAUGGCUGCUCGCCUACUCCGAGCAAGCUCCUCAUCGUCUGAACAGAGUGAGUCAAUUGACGGACUCGUGGUUCUCUCUGAGCUGGGAAAGAAGCUUGAAAGCCUUGGAGGAUUCGAGAUUGCUGUCGGCCGCAAUGGCAAAGUCUGGAUCGACUGCUCGAAUGCUGGAGAAAGCGCAGUUAAAGCCACGAUUGCGAUUGGGCGCUGCCUGCAAACCGUGGAUGAGAAAGGUCUUGGUCCUACUGAUCAGAAGAAGUUUGUCACGAGAAUCUUGCGCGAGAUGAAGCUUGUAUCAUGA